AUGGUCAAUGAGAUAGGUUAUCAAGAUGAUGUCCGGUACCAGCAUCAUCUGAAGCACCGUGGCUGGGCAAACCAACAACUCUUUCAGGCUUUUUGGAUCGUGGUAGCAGCGAUCGUUCUUCAGAGAGUCGCGCAUAGGACCCUGAGAUGGUGGAGCAAGAGAUGCAACCGCGAACAUAAACUCCUCCGGUCACAGACACCCUAUCAAUACAUUCUCAGUCGAUGCAUGGCGUUUAUCGAUGCCAUCUCUCAUCUCCCGAUUAUCCUGACAUCCCAACUCAUCUCUUUUACUUUCUCCCUAGGCCGGGUUAUUGUGCUAACUGCCUACUUGGCCAUUAUUGUAUCAGCUCUCCUUUCCGUCGAUGCGCCCCAACUAUCACAACACUUUCUGGAUGACGUUGCUUUUCGAGCUGCCUGGGUGACCCUUACCCAAGUGCCACUCGUCUACUUCUUGUCCACUAAGCGUGGGCCCAUUAAUAUCCUGGCGGGCCUCUCCCAUGAGCGGAUCAACUGGGUUCAUCGAUGGGUUGGUCGAUUUCUAUUCAUAAGUGCAACUACGCAUAUGGCGAUCAUGAAGUCUUCGAUCUCCAUGCGAGAAAUCGUACAUUCACAUGAUGACAAUAUGGCGGUUGUUCGAUAUGGUAUCGCCGCGUAUGUCACGCUCACAUGGAUCGCUGUCAGCAGCAUACUUCCAAUACGACAAUGGAGCUAUCGUGUGUAUUACCUGAAUCACUGGGUUUCAACGCUGGGUUUCCUCUUUAUUGUCUUCCAACACGUUCCGAAGUACGCGCGGACGCCAAUUCAUCUGUCUCUCAGUUUCGUUGUGUUUGACAAGUGUUUGGUUGGCUACGGCUUUUGCCGCAACAACAUUUCAGUACGACUACUGAAAGGUAGUUUCUCGAAGUUCAAAAGGGGUCCCGGCAGGGGUACAUUGGUAAUGGGAUACCCCGUAGAGAUGAUAGAACCGGAUGUCACGAGCCUCUCUCUGCCGACGAAUGGAUCAACGACUAUCAUCCGUAUCUGCAAUGUACCCUUCUCUUGGAUCCCAGGGCAGCACGUAAGGAUAUACAUUCCAGCACUUGGUCCAUUCGAGAUACACCCGUUCACACCUGCGAACUGUCCAGACAUCUCACCGCCACCACCACUGCCGCCGAGAAGAAACCAGGAUAUUGAGAGCAACGAACUGAUCUCUCUAAUGUGUAACUCGCGGUCUAACGACAUGACACUGAUGAUACGCGCACACUCCGGUCUGACCCGUCGGCUUGCAUACCACCACUCAACGUGGCUCUCUCUUCCAUGUCCCAACGCAAGCCAACCUCAAACCUCUCUGACCGCAUAUAUUGAUGGACCUUACGGCAAUCCGCCCGCCUGGGAAGACUAUGAAAAUCUUGUUUUUGUCACUACAUCGACCGGCGUUUCCUUUGCACUCGCUGUCAUGGACUAUCUGGAGCAACUGUGUUUUUCGGACCCUCAACGUCUACAGACUCGUCGUGUUCACUUCAUCUGGAUCAUCAGGCACCUUGAUCCGCAGUUUGAAGCCACAGGAACCAACGCGUUGGACAGGUACAGCACGAUGCUGACAGAGUUGGGUGUAAGAGUGGAAAGCGAGCUUUACGUCACUUGUGAAAAGUCUGAGACUGGAGGCGGCAUGCAAAAAUACGAUCCUUUUGCACACUUGCGCCGACCGAUACUCAUUCGCGCUACAAGCAAACCACCGUUGAGUAUACGCAAUCCAGACGAGAUCUACGAAGAGUGGGACCGAGAGUAUGAGGAUGCAGAGCUGAGUUUUACGGACGAUGAAGACGUCGAUCCAUUCAUGGACGAUUGUGGGCUUUCCGAAGAUGACGAGACAAGCACGCUCGUGGAUAGGCAUGAGAUGUUGGAUGACAACCGAUAUUCCAACGUUCACUGGAUGCCGGAUGAGAAUACUGCUUUGGAGGAUUCACGACCGCUUUCGUCGCCAAUACGCACUCCUGCGGCGCCGAGAAUGCAAGUCGAAACACCAAAAAGUUGUCAGUGUGCACUCAUCCAAUUUCAACGCGAAAAGCUCAAGCCAAAGAAGAAGACGAUUUCGUUCAAAGACGUGUCGCAUGGCCAGCGGCCAGAUAUACCGUACCUGCUUCGUACAUACGCACCGCGCACUAUAGAUGAUACCAGAUCAAUGGUCGCUGUAUGUUCUAACACAGCAAUUGCUAUGCAGGCAAAAGACACAGUGUCUAAGAUCAACAUGGAUUUCGCGCUGGGGAGAAGAAAAGCGGGUGUUGAGAUCUUUGUGGAAGGUUUUGAUUGA